AUGGCCAUCGUCCUCAUCGGCAUCCCAUGGGGCGUCGUGUGCGUGCCCGCGGGCCGCGGUGACGCUGAGGCCAUGCAAGCUAUCGCCAAGUCCAUCGGGUGGGCCGUCCCAUCAUCCGACCCGUGCGACGGCACCUGGACGGGCGUGAGCUGCAACGAGAUUGGCCGCGUCACCUCCAUCGUCGUCACCCACGCCGGCCUCCACGGCGUUCUCAACGGUUCCGAUGUAGGCAAGCUCGCGUUCCUGUCCGACCUCGACCUCAGCUUCAACGCCCUCAUCGGCCACCUCCCGCUCUUGCCGACGCCACACCAGCACCUCCGCAACAUCGAUCUCAGCUCCAACUCCUUGACAAGAAUCCCGGGCGGCUUCUUCGCCGCCCUGCCGGCCCUCGAGGCCAUCGCGCUCGACGACAACGACAUGCUAGUAUUGUGGGAGCAGCGGGACCUUGUCACCUGCUCCGCCCUACGCAGCUUCUCCGCCAACAACGCCUCCAUAUACAACAACUUCCCCAAUUUCUUGGGCGACGUCGCCUUGUCCCCCGCCCUCGAGAGGCUGUCCCUCGCAAGGAACAGGAUGUCUGGGGCCGUCGGCACCGGUUUCGGCGCUAACAGCAAUAUCAGGUAUCUAGAUGUCGGUGGCCAGCGCAACGACCGAGAUAAGAUCACCGGCCGCCUCGACUUGUUCAUCCCCGACAUGGUCAACCUUGUGGAGGCUCACUUGGAUCACAGCGGCUUCUUCGGGCCCCUGCCAGACGUUACCAAGCUUGUCAACCUCCGCGUCUUCGAUGCAUCAUACAACAACCUCUGUGGACACCCCAAGUUCGCCCCCGGGACGGCGGUCACCCUUGAUGGAAAUCCCAAUGUUGGAUUUGCAUGCUAG